GAGGUGCCGCAGCCCAGCGCCAGCGCCGGGGUUGGCCUGGCCAGCGGCGUCGCGGGGGGCCUGGCGGCGAUCGGGGCCGCGCGCGCCGGUGGCCGCCGGAGGAGGGGCGCGAAGGCGCGCAAGGUCGGCGUUGGCAUGCGCGCGUCGACGCUGGAUCAGCUCAAGGAGGUGUCUGGAAAGGCAGGCAUCGGCCUCGACAAGUACCGGAACAUCGGGAUCAUGGCCCACAUCGACGCGGGCAAGACCACUACCACAGAGCGCAUUCUGUAUUACACCGGUCGCGAGACGUCGAUCGGCGAGGUCCACGAGGGUGAGGCCACCAUGGACUGGAUGGAGCAGGAGCGCGAGCGCGGCAUCACCAUCACCAGCGCGGCCACCACCGCCUUCUGGAACAACCACCGCAUCAACAUCGUGGACACCCCAGGCCACGUCGAUUUCACCCUGGAGGUGGAGCGCUCCCUGCGCGUCCUGGACGGCGCGGUGGCCGUGUUCGACGGCGUCGCGGGAGUGGAGCCCCAGAGCGAGACGGUGUGGCGCCAGGCGAACAAGUACAACGUCCCGCGGAUGUGCUUCGUGAACAAGAUGGACCGCGACGGGGCGGACUUCUACCGGGACGUGCAGAUGAUGGUGGACCAGCUCGGCUGCAACCCGGUGCCGAUCCAGCUGCCCAUCGGCAGCGGGAAGAACUUCGAGGGCGUGUACGACCUGGUCGAACAGAAGUCGCUGAUCUGGCUCGGGGGCGAGCUGGGCGCGAAGUUCGAGGUGAAGGACGAGAUCCCAGCGGGCAUGGAGGAGCUGGUCGCGAAGUACCGGGAGGAACUCGUCGAGAAGGCCGUGGAGCAGGACGAGGCGGUGCUGGACGCGUACCUGGAGAGCGGCGAAGCUCCCUCCGUUGCCGACCUGAAGAAGUGCAUCCGCAAGGCGACCAUCAACUUUGAGUGGGUGCCCGUCCUGUGCGGAACGGCCUUCAAGAACAAGGGUGUCCAGCCGCUCCUCGACGCCGUCGUGGAUUACCUGCCUUCGCCACUGGACCUCGAGGA